UGCAGCCUCGAAUGUCGUUCGCUGAUUGGUUCAGGGCCUAUCAAUCAUGUCUUUAGCCGCACCCCUCCCCCCAUUCAACCACUCGCCUCUCUGUUCCUGUGUGUUUACUACACUGCCGCGCACAGGGAGACACUCGCCUUCUUUACAUGCACUGAACUCACCACUGAAUAAAACAGUUUCUAGUUGUGUUUGUACGAGAUUCUCCAAGAAUUCAACAUGCCCAAGAGAAAGCAGGGAGGAGAUGGGGACAUUAAGGAGGAGCCCCAGAGGAGAUCCCUUCGGUUAUCAGCGCCAGUCCCUCCUAAACCGGAGCCAAAGGCCAAGAAGGCAGCCAAGAAAGAGAAGGUAGUGAACGACAAGAAGGAGGACAAGAAGACCAAGAGCAAGGCGAAGGAGAACGCAGAGGCAGAGGCCAACGAGGAGAACCACUCUGAGAAUGGAGAGGCCAAGACCAACGAGGUGGAGGCAGCUCCGGAGGCAGAGAAAGAAGAGGCCAAGCCUGAGUAGCAACACUGCCGCGCCCCUCCACCCUCCCCAGCCCAAAACCCUCCAACCCCUGCCCCCCCUCAGUCCAGCCAGCCCCCCCCCCCCCCCGCCUCAGUCUCUCACGUGGUUUCCCUCCAAGGCGUAUUGUUAACAGAGGAAUAUUUUUAUCAAUGAUUUUAUAAGUAUCCGUACAGAUUUUUAGCACAAACGCAACGCUGAAUAACGGAAGCACCUUGCAGAUUUGCAGUGGUCAUAUCAAAGUGUCUGCAAGCAAGACGAACACACUAAAAUCUUUUUUAAAUGGCAUUUCAUGAUUGUUGAAGGCUUGUUUGGUGUAGGAAGUGAGUCCCCCCCACCCCACCCCUCCUUCCCUCCUCCCCACCCCCCUGAUUGGCUUAGUUGUGAGUUGUGUGUUCUUGUCCCCUCUUCCCGGUUCCCUAUGUGCCCCCACCUUAUUUGUGUGUUAUUAACGGUUCACCCAUAAAUAUGGCUGAUUCUUUUUUUGACCUCUAUAUGUGCAGUGAGUUCCCUUCGCUUAUGUCUCUUGUUCCUGUUUUUUUUUUUCAUUGAAUCAUGUUAAAAGCAUGUUGAAGCGUGUUGUCCAUAAGAAAGAGGAAGACGAACAUGUGAAACAUUCCGGGAACAGCGACACGUCCAACCUGUCUCCUAGACCCUGCCGACUGACAACCCGCUCCGUCUAAAACAGCCCCCUACCCCCCCCCCCCCCACUCCACCAUCGAUCUAUGCUGUCCGUUCAGCUUUUCUAAACAACUCUGGUUUUUUUAAGAUGAAUUUGGAACCUUCUCUUGACGAAUUGCAGGUGUCUGAUCCCUUCUCUUAUGUUCUGGAGUUCUCUUAAUAAAAGAAGUCCUGGGAAUUUUCCUCAAA